GUCGGUACUAGUCUGGCACUGCCCUCACUUCCAUGUCCGCAUUUGACGAAGUCAGACUGAGGCCUUAGUUCAGGUGCAUUUAUGAGCUGAAGGACACACUUACAGCUUCUGUGUUUACUUUGUUAUUUUCGGGUUGUGUGUUUGUGCGCGCGCCUGUGUGUUCCCUGGUGCCGGUGCUCGUGCUGCUGUACAAUGCGGGAUGUUCACCUGACCGGACCCAAUGACACAUGCACCAACGGUUCUUUGCUGAGGGUGUGGUGUGGCUCUCAGUCUGCAUUAUGUUUGGUCACCGGAGAUCACACACUGUUCACCACAUCCUUGACACACCUGAGUAAUGGCACACAUGCAGAUGGACAGACAAACGGUUCAUACAACCUGUGGCUGGGUCUGGCUCUGGCCCUGAUGUCCGCCUUCCUGAUUGGUGGGAGUGUCAUUCUGAAGAAGAAAGCUCUCCUGCGAUUGGCCAACAGUGGAGACACCAGGGCAGGUGAUGGAGGUCAUGGCUACCUGAAGGACUGGCUGUGGUGGGGAGGACUUCUCACCAUGGGGGCAGGGGAGGUCUGUAACUUCGCUGCCUACAUGUUUGCUCCGGCCACGCUGGUCACUCCACUGGGCGCUCUGAGUGUCCUCAUCAGUGCUGUUCUGUCCACUUACAUGCUUGGGGAAGUAUUGAAUAUCGUGGGGAAACUGGGCUGUCUGCUGUGUGUGCUCGGAAGUGUCCUUUUGGUCAUCCACGCUCCACAGGAACAGGAAGUGACAUCACUGCAAGACAUGACCAGCAAGCUGCUGGAGCCUGGUUUCCUGGUGUACGUGUCAGUGGUGUUAGUCCUGUGUGCAGUACUUGUGCUGUACUUCUGCCCACGAGUUGGUCAAUCCAACAUCCUCAUCUACAUCAGCAUCUGCUCGCUGCUCGGAGCCUUCACCGUCUCCUCCGUGAAAGGCCUCGCCAUCGUCAUCAACACCAUGUUUUAUGACACUUUAGUACUUGCGAACCCCCUCACCUGGAUCCUGCUGCUCACACUCAUUGUUUCCAUAGUAACACAGGUAAACUAUCUGAACAAGUCUCUGGACACCUUUAACACCCUGAUGGUUUACCCCAUCUACUACGUCCUCUUCACCUCCGUGGUCCUCUCCACCUCCAUCAUCCUGUUCCAGGAGUGGAGCAGCAUGUCGGCUGUGGACAUUGUCACCACACUGGGAGCUUUCCUGGUCAUCGUGGUGGGCGUGGCUAUGCUGCACCUCUUCAGAGAGUUGCAGAUGACGAUGAAGGAGCUCACCAGUCAGUUGUCUCAACCACUGGAGAGGGAGGAGCUUGAACAGGAAGUGUCGGCUAAUGAGCGGAUAGGAGGAGGAAGGAAAAGUAAAAAAGAGGAUAAAUACGGCCUGAUGGACAACAUGGUGAUUGAGAGUCUGCCUCCUAUGAGGGAGGAUGGACCUCGAGUCUUCAUCAUCAGUUGAGACACAGAAGAGGGGAUGGAUAGGACUUCAGAACGGUGAACGCUGUAGUCCUCACGCUGACUCUUACUGUAAAUCUUUUUCACUCUGCAAGUCACUUUCAAUGUUUUAGCUUCACUUUAACCUGAGGUUUAACCGCAUUCACUUCGAACCUGUAUUUGAAUCUGCAGGUAGUGCACAGCAUUCUCAGCAUAUCAGACCCACCAAGUUCUGAAAAAACAAAAAAACAACAAACAUAGCAUACUUUAUAUUUCUUAGCGUAAUGCAGUGUUUUUUUUUCCAGUGAAAUGGUCCUUUGUUUUUCAUUUGAUUUCAGUAUAACAUGUUAAUGCACUGCUAGUGAAAGAUUUCACAUCUGAGACAUUAUCUGCCAAGAGUGAGUUCCCCUCACACUGUGGCCUGAGGAUAGUGUGUUUUUAUGGACUGAGAAAUGUCCUAGCGUUGUGCUCACAUGCUAGUUUUUAAUAGGAUUUUUAAGGGAAGAAUGAGAGCGCUUUUAUUUUUACUCUUUCUUGCCAUGUUUUUUUUUUUUUUUUUAAGAACAGUGCUUGUUGAAAUGUAGAAAGCCCUGUACUCCUCUACGCUGAUCACCACAGUCUAUGAAGCUAUGCCAGUACACACUCAGUAUGUCUUUAUCUUUCAGUGUAUACUUCUAUAAAUAUGGACACAUUUUAUUUUUCUUGAAUCAUUAGUUUUUGGACAGUUUGAUAUCAUUUUAAUGGUACUAUCUGAUAAUAGCUCCAUAAAGUGGGCGUAUAAUACAAGAGAUACUAGAUAUGACUCAAGAAUCAGCACUUCUAUCCUCCAAAAUCUGUUUUUAAUUUAAUUUUUUUAAUUUUAUUUUGUUUUAGUUUGGCCAAAACAACACAUUUCAUAUUUACUCUUUUGAAUUAUGUCUGUAAUUUUAAAUGGAUUAUCUACUGAAUGAACAUUAAGUGUGUGUAGUGAUCAUACAGUAGUAGUGUCGUGUACAGCUGAGAACUGUGGUUUAUGAAGCAGAGGAUUUGACUUCCAAUGUUGUUCAUACAGUUGAACCCAUGGACUUUGUGACUUUAGGGGAAAAAAAGUACUGUUUUUGCUCAAGUUUGCAUUAAUACGUAUCAUUUCAGAAAGUCAUAUAAAGGCACAAGAUAUGUGAAAUUACUACUAUUUUCAUACACAUUGAAGUGCAGCAUAUGCAGCCACAUAUAACUAUUUUUUUUUAUCAGGGACACAAUUAUUUAUAUUUAGUUUUCUUUUUUUUGUAAUUUAGUUACUAUCAGUUGUGGACCAGCUCCAUUUCACAUUUCACCACAUCAGCGUCCAUCUGACACUAAAUAAAGAUGGAGGGUGUGACACUCGUUGCCACUGUGCAGCACUGGCAAAUUAACUGUACAUCAGCUAGCCAAUUACCUGUUUUUAUGAUACAUAUUUACUGGAUUCGGUGUAGCCCAUGUCCCAUUGACUAACAUUAAUGGGGUGUGCUUUAUGACUGUACAGCAAGCAGCCACCAGGAGGCGAUAGAUGAUUCACUUACAUGUAUUUUGCUCUCAAGAACAGAAAUUGGAGUGUGUGGAUAAGUCUAUGAUCCAGCAUUAUAAACAAUAUUACUGAAAUGCAUUUAAAAAUGUGAUGUUGGCAGUAAACCCAUAAAUACAUGACAUUCUGUUUAUGCAGCUGUAAAAAUGGGUGUGACUGUUGACUGGCUUUUUCCAACACCAAGCUCUGUCUUUUGUACAGUAAUUAUUUUAAUAAAAAAAUAAAAUAAAUAAUGA